GCUUUUAGGUCGUUGUGGGUGGUUUCAAUUUGGAGCACAUCCCUGCUUGCGUCGUUCCUUUCUUUCUCUACCUUUUCGGUCUCUCUCUCUUUCCAAGUACCUGUAUAAUAUGCAAAGAGACAGAAAGAAGGGCAGUAAGUAUCCUCCCGGGGAGUCUUCUAAUCCUCAAUCAUCAGAAAAAGAUGAUCACAAUAAUGAUACAAAUCUUGCUGAAGGAUCUAGUAAACCAGAGCUGAGUAACAAGAAUACUCCACAAUCACUGAAGGCCAAAUCUAAAAUUGUUAAGAAAUCCAAGGGUGGUAAGUUCAAGACAAUAAUAAAUAAAGGUUCUCAACAGAUUGGGGGAAAGAGAAGACUUAGAAAGAACAAAAAAGUAGUGGGCAAUAGUGAUGAACUGCCUAAAGAGAAGAGUGAGAAAGAUGGAAGGAAUAAAGAGAAGGAAAGUCAAAAUAGGAGCACUCAUGAAAAAAGUCCUAUUGAGAAUAGCCAUCGAGCUGAAAAAAAUAAGAUCAUUAAGGUGGAUAAGAGCGAACAGAAGCAGAAGAAUAAAGAGAAACAUACAGAGUCAGACAAGGGUGCUGGGAGCAGAAUAAACCGAACUAAGCAUGGUAGAGUGGAAAAUACUGUCUCCAGUGAGAAAAAGAGAGGAAAACCUAGUGGUUUCAUCUUUAUGUGCAGUGCGAAGACAAAACCUGACUGUUUCCGUUAUCGUGUCAUGGGUGUUUCAGCUACUAAAAAAGACAUUGUUUUAAGUAUCAAUCCCGGGACUAAGCUUUUUCUUUAUGAUUUUGAUCUGAGGCUGUUGUAUGGGAUUUACAAAGCUUCAUCUUCUGGUGGCAUGAAACUUGAACCCCGAGCUUUUGGUGGUAACUUUCCUGCUCAGGUGCGGUUCAAAAUUGCUUCUGAUUGUUUCCCGCUACCAGAGAGCAUUUUCAAAAAGGCAAUCCAGGAAAAUUACAAUGAGAAGCACAAGUUCAAAACAGAACUUACUGCUCGACAGGUUAGGAAGCUCACUGAACUUUUCCGACCAGUAGAUGUUCAUUCAGGCUUGCAGCCUGUUCGCUCCCCUCCACGAGCAAUAAUUCAUGAUAGGGAUGCUCUUGAUGGUGUUAGGGGAUCAUGGUCCCAUUUGCACAGGGAAAUGGAUCCCCAAAUUGAACGGCAAGAGGAAAUUCCCCGUGAUUUAUUUCUUACUGAGAAGAGUUACCGAGCUUAUGGUCUCCAAGGAGAUAGAAGGAAUGUCAUACCAGCCUCUCAAGUUAAUCCUACACUGGAUCCUUAUGAGAGGGAUUAUGAAAGAGAGCACCUUCAUCACGUGGACACUCUCUACCAUACAAACGUCCCUUCAUACAGAGAAAGUCUUCAUGGCGAUCUUCAUCAUUUGAAUGAGAGUGAACACCAGACCUAUUUGCAUGGCGGAAUCUCCACACAUGCAAACAAUCCUUAUCACCCGUAUCGCUAUGGUGCUUCACCAAGGGAUCCAUAUUUGCCACCUAUGAGUAGAGAGGAAAUCUCUUCAAGCUCUUAUUUGGCUGGGGGAAGAUCGUUGAUUGGAAGUGAUAUCUUACAAAGGAGGGAGGCUGUUCAGGAUAGGCUUUAUUCAACAUAUUCUGCGGCUGAUGCUUUGUCUGAAUACAAUCGAAUGCAGCACUACCAAGAGAGUUUGGAAGCUACAGCUGUGCCAGUUUCAUCCCGUUACUCUUUCGCUGGUCCUUCAUAUUCACUUCGCUAAAUUAAACAUGCACUUUUGAAAACCCCUUGCAUGUGUUUCUUAAGAUUAUGACUCAUUAACAUUAAAAGAACUGUACGAAUCCUACAUACUUUUUUUUUUCUAAUGCACAACUCUGAAUUGGGGAAGCAUCAUUUCUUCAUGGUGUUUGAGAUUUGAUGUGCAAAAUGCCAUUGAUGAUGACAAUAUGCCUUGCAGACACCAAUUACUAUGCAACUUUCAAAAUUUGUGAUUUAUGUCUAAUUGGCAUGUGCUGCUUUGGCAUAUAGGAAUAUAAACAAGCAAUAUAUCAAUUGAUUUUUUAAGUUAGGUUGUCA